AUGAAAGCCUACGUGACCGAGUUCUUGCCGUGGUCGUAUGUGUCGCCCCCGGCGCCGCUCGCCUCGACCAACUUUACAGCCUUCAACACCUCUACACUCUUCCACUUCCAGGGACUAUACAACCGAAGCACACUCCCCCCGCAAGUGACGUACUAUGAAGACGCAACGGGGUACGUGCUUCGAAAAGCCAUCAACCCGCACAUCACGAGUCUCGAUGCGUGUGCCUCGGAAGUCCUCCCAGGCCUACCUGGUGCGAUCUUUUAUGGUCCGCCUUUUUUUCGACUGGUUUGUGACAUGGCCAUGCACGACAGUGACAGCAGUUCUGCGUGGGACGGUCAUGGUAGCUGCAUGGACCAAACCUUCUUUACGCAGCCAUGGAUCUACCAGUGUCUUUGGCUCACAAGCGGCGACGAUCUUGCGCUCAACGCCUCAGCACCCGGUUAUACUCUAACGUACGCGGCCCGUCCGUACCCUAUGGUGCUGUGGUGUUUCGCCAAGUUCAUCUACCGGACACUCACAACCGUGUACAUUGCAUACCUUGUUUGGACGCGCUACUACGUUCACUGCGCUGCGCUUGCGUCGUCCUUGGCCAUUAUCGGACACCGACCGAUGGGAGUCAAAACGACAGCUUCGGUCUGGUGCUAUGAGGUUGUGCUGGGCGACCCCACGGCCAUGGUGCUGACCGACCCUCUUGUCGCAUUCUUGCUUUGCGUCGACAUUGUCGCGAGCUAUGAUACGUUGACGUUCGCCGUGCUUCGAGCCUCGCAGAGCACUGACAUUUACGUCAUGCUCGUCGCAUUUAUGUACCUCUCCCGCACCGUCUGGCUACCGUACUUGGCCGUCUCGACGACGACGCUCCUUCUGAAGCGCUACCACAAGGAACACUCGUUUGCUCAAAUCGACCCGACGGCGCUAGCGAUCGCAACAGCGAUUUACGGUCCGGCGCUCACGUGGUGCAUGGGCAACGUCAGCUUUCUCUUGCAGUUGUACCAGUACCUCGGCCGCGUCACAGUACCAACGUCGGACCAAGACACCAAGUUUGAAGCCGUGCCAGCUGUCGGUGUCUAUUUUGUCUCGCUCGCGUCGCUACCGCUGGUGUAUGGCUUUGGUCGCGCACGUUGGGCAAGAACAACGAUGCCAAUUGCAGCGUACGCCAGCUUUCGCUACAAUCCUUGGAAGAACCGAGCUCUCUUGGCGCUUCUGGGGUGCUUUGAGCCACAGUUCAGGUCACCGCACUCCACGAUUGAGCGCGGCGGAUCUGUCUACGCCCUGUUUACAGCCAAUCGGCAGUACGAGAGGUGUCCCGCCAUCAGCUUUCGCGCGACCGACUGCUUUGUCUUGUGCUAUCAGGACGGCAUUCUAAAAGAGCGCCUUCGGCUCACGCUUUUGUCGACCGUCGAUCGACACGAAGGCGAGGCACUGCUCUCUGUUCCAAGUAGCGCCGUUCCGUCCCCAUACUGCGUCAACACGCUGGUUGUCAUGACGCGGGUGGAGAAUGAGACGUCGGCCGCAGCGGAGUGCAGCAGUGGCCCUAGCGUCUCACGUGUCCUGCACCUCUCGUCGCGGCCUUCUCCGUGGUGCCUCUAA